AUGGCUGAGGAGCACCACAUCUCCGGCUAUGACGCAACUACCUUCUUCAACCUACACGACUACGACAGCACCGGCCUCUGGACCGCAGUUGACAUCCGCCGAACCUACGGCCUCGAAGACCCCUCCAGCGCCUCCAUCUCCGAGACAAAGAAGCAAAUGGUCGUCCAGACUAUCCUAGACAUGUUCGAUAUCAACAAAGACGGCUCCAUCACCUUGGCCGAAUUCGUACAAAAGGAUUCAGAGAACGUCAAGCUUCCAGACUUUGGCAUGGGCCCAGGACACCACGGUGACGACGAGUACGAGUACGAGAUUCAUCAUUGGGAAAAGUACCACAGUGGUGACGACGUCAAAGAGGAGGACUUGAACCACCCCGAGGAUAUCGCGCAUUUCAAGAUGCAUGAAGAGAAGGAGGCAGCACAAGAGGAGUGGGAGAGGCUGGAGCUCAGGGGCGUCGUGGAGAAGAACAUUCCACUAAAGUACAGGCGGAACUAA